AUGGAAACUAUUGAUUUUAUUGUUGAAAAUCAAGAACAAUUAAACUUUUUACCACAACCCAGUACAAGUACCUCUCUAGAUAAUGAUAAUAAUUUGGUUGUAGAAAACCAUAAUAUUCCAUCUCGCAGUGUAAUUAUUAAUGAUGAGAACUUUUCUAAUAGUCUUAGUACUGAUACUUUUACCUUUUCUUUUUUAAAUAUUGAUGACAAUAAUGUAGACAUAUCUGAUAAUUAUGAUCUACAAGAUGAAUCAUGCAGCUCUGAUUCAGAUGAUGAAUGUUUAACAAAUGCUAGUAAUAUUUUAUAUGAUAAUCAAUGUUUUAUUCUGAAACUUAUUGCUAAUUGGACAAUUGAACAUAAUAUUACAUUAUCUGCACUAUCUGCUUUAUUAAAGCUUUUAAAAAAUCAUAAAUGUUUUAGUAAUUUUCCAGUCGAUGCUAGAACUGUGUUAAAAACACCUAUUAAACCUAAUGAAAUUCAAACUAUUCAAUCGCGAUAUUAUUACCAUUUUGGCAUUGCAAAUGGUUUAAAAUCUCAUUGUAAUUUUUCAAUUGUUAAUGAAAAUAUAAUUAAAUUAUUUAUUGGCAUUGAUGGUUUGCCGUUGACAAAAAGUUCUUCUAGAGCCUUUUAG